AGUUUGAUGCGGUUGUAGGAGACACGACUAUCGUCGCAAAUCGCUCGUCCUACAUCGAUUUUACACUUCCCUAUUCAGAAUCUGAUGUAGCAAUGAUAGUUGCCAUUGAGGAUGAUGAGCGGAGGAACCUGUGGAUCUUCUUAAGACCAUUGAGUUGGAAUCUCUGGCUAACGACUGGUUUGGCCUUCAUUUUUACUGGUUUCGUCGUUUGGCUCCUCGAACAUCAUACAAAUGAAGAAUUUAGGGGUCGUCGUAGGCAACAAAUCGGUUUGAUAUUCUGGUUUUCCUUCUCCACAUUGGUGUUUGCUCAUAGAGAGAAGAUUGCAAAUAGUUUGACAAGGCUUGUGCUUAUCGUAUGGGUAUUUGUGGUACUUAUCCUGACUCAGAGUUAUACUGCAAGUUUAGCUUCAUUUUUAACUGUGCAACGUUUAACACCGAAGUUCGUGGACGUGCAAGACUUGAUAAGAAAUGGCCAUUACGUCGGGUAUCAGAAAGGAUCUUUUGUGAGAGGACUUCUUGUGAGACAGCUCAAAUUCGAUAAGUCCAGAUUGAUUCCUUAUGGUUCGCCAAAGGAAUACCAUGAGGCACUAUCAAAGGGAAGUGAAAAUGGAGGAGUCGCGGCAAUCUUCGAUGAAUUGCCGUACAUAAAAAUCUUCCUUGCCAGAUACUGCAACAAGUACAAAAUCGUAGGACCAACCUAUAAAACUGGCGGGUUUGGCUUUGCCUUUCCAUUGGGGUCACCUUUGGUCUCCUACAUUUCAAGAGCAAUCUUGAAUGUCACACAAGAUAAAGCGAAAAUGGAUGCGAUCGAAGGAAAAUACUUCCGUGGUCAAAGCUCGUGCCAAGAUCAAGAUGCUGCGAUCUUUUCAGACAAUCUUAGCCUUAGCGUGUACAGCUUUGGAGGGCUCUUCAUCAUCACUGGCGUCGUCUCGGUAUCUUCCGUAUUGAUAUAUGUGAUUUCGUUCUUCUAUUCUCAUUGGCCUUCUUCGACCGCGAUUCCUCCCGGUGAUCACUCCCUUUGGUCCAUGUUUUCGGAAACCGCAAAUAACUUUUUUCGAGAGCACGGAUUAUUUAAAUGCUUGGAGAGAAAUGGAUCUACGAUAGCUCCGACCUCGCAUUUCCGAAGAAGGGAAGCUUCUCCUAAUAAUGAUAUUGAACUGAUUGCGAGGACACCAAAUGAAGGAGAGAGGCCAGUACUCAUUAUACACGUUUGAAUAAUGAAGAUCGUGUUUUAAGAGAGGCUUAUCGAGCACGAGAACGAUUCACCUCAUCUAGGUAUGUGUAUACACACAUAUUAGCAAUUUGUUUUGUUUUCUUUUUCUUUUGGAAUAAGGGGUGCAUUUGGGUUGA